CACGAAAUGGCCGGAGUAUUAUUUGAGGAUAUAUUCAAUGUGAAAGACAUUGAUCCGGAAGGAAAGAAAUUCGAUCGUUGCAGCCGGUUACAUUGUGAAUCAGAAUCUUUCAAAAUGGACUUGAUUUUAGACAUAAAUUCCUGGAUUUAUCCAAUGGAAUUGGGUGACAAGUUUAGAUUAGUACUUGCUACGACGCUCAGAGAAAACGGCUAUCCUGAUGGAGGCGAAUGGAAUCCUCUAGAAACGGAGGGAAAUCGUGCCGACAGUUUUGAAUAUGUGAUGUCCGGGAAAGUUUACAGGAUAGAAGGUGAUGAAGCAGCCAUGGAGCCUGCGUCCCGACUAGCAGCCUAUGUCUCAUUUGGGGGCCUUCUGAUGCGGCUGCAGGGCGACGCAAAUAACUUGCACGGAUUCGAAGUAGACCAACACAUGUACUUGUUAAUGAAGAAAUUAGCUUUCUAAGAUUAUUGUUUAUUUUUAGGCUAUAUUAAUAUUAAAUUUUAUAUUUUUAAGUGUA